UAAAAUUCAAAACUCGCUUGUCAGUUGUCCAUCGUUUGCUGAAACGGAUACAGAAAGCUUCGUGAAGGCGACUUUGGCUCAAGCAUGAAGAUUCUUGCAAUAUUCGCCUUGGUUUUUGUAUUAUAUUCCCCUGACGUCUUGGGUAAGUGACAUUUUAAAUGCUUUUCUAGAAUACUAUCGGAUAUGCAUAAAUUGCGCGGCGUUUAUUUGCGCGUUUGUUUAGGGUAUGCCUUAUGAGAAAGGUCAACAGUGUAAUGGUAUAAAUUGGAUGAAGCUUGUCAGUUUAUGAGCUGAAAUAUGUUAAAAUACGUAUAAAUAUCUCCAGGCAUUAUAUUGGUCAUAAUGUUCGUGUGGUAAUUGGAUAAAUAAGUGCGUUACCUUAUAUAUAAAAUAUAUCAGUUGCGUCCAAUAUAUAUUUUAAAUGUAUGAAUGUAUGACACAAUUCAGCUGAUAGUCACAGGAUGUGAUAUAGGUUGGAUUUCUAGACUGCUCGAUAAUUCGAAAGUUUCGCAUUUAUAUGCAUACAACCACCUGAAAAAUACAGGGGAAUUUCGACGUUUCGAGCGAAGGCCCUUCGUUGGGAAAUCAGUAGAGAAAUAUUUUUCAGGUGCUUGCAUCCCUAACAAUCCGAAGCUCUCUUUAAUAUUAUUGCCACUGCCUACAAUGCCUGCACUGGCACAGAGCCACAGAUCGUUCAAGAGAAUGCUCGGUAAUUAUGCUAGACUAUAGAAAUAAAACGACAAUAUAUAUUUCAGCCACAACUAAAUACAUUUCUGAUUAAAGCAAUCAGUUAAUAAAUUUCAUUGAAACAUUUUUGUGCAACAGAACGCGCUAGAUGCCAUUCCAUAAUCUGCGAUGCUCUUGAAGUAACACUUGUCAAUGAGAAGGAUCUUGCUGGAGUAAUUUGACACGCCAGAAAGUUGUGUUGAAGAUUUUAUAGGCACUAUGGCCGAGUCUUUAAUAGUUGAAAGGGUUUUGUAGAUUAUAUACAAUUUCAUAGUUUGAGAUGUUUUGAAUCUCCUCGAGGCGCCUGAUAUAAAACCUCAUGUGAUAUAACUUGCACAGACCUGCGACUCGACGAGUCCGCUUUGGACAUCGUCCAACUGUGUUAUGAAGCAAAGCAAAACAGCAACGAGCAAGAGAAUGCCAACGUGAAAUUUGAUUUAAAUAUUCGACUUUAUUCCCGAUACGAUGGCUGGAAUAUUUGAGCUGUUAGAUCGAGAGAUGUUCAGUAUUGUUGUAGAAGCCUUUGUGGUCAGGAAUAAACUCAACCAGCUAACGUGUUUGGGCGCGUUGCUACCCAAUUCAGAAGAGGUUGUGGGUGUAUGCUUGACACACGUCAGACAGCUAGAUUUAAUACAUUUGGCUGAUUUGGGCCUCGUCUUGAAAGACUUAGUUGGGCCUCGUCUUGAAAGAAUGUUCACAUUAUCAAUACCCGCAGUACAACAAAGGAUUAUGUGUGUAGUUUGGCAUCCCCUUGGUAUACAGGGUGUAUCAAAAAAAACUGAACAGAUUUAAAAUUGCUCUCAAUUUCGCAAAACAGCUAUUUGUAUCUGGUUUUUUAUAUAUAUAGCUUCUUUGGGUACUUAUAAUGUAAAAUAAUGAAAAAAAUUUCUCGAACUCAAAUUUUGUGAACCAGGGGGGGGUGUCUUUUCCAACAAACUAAAAAGGGCUCGCGCACAAAAUUUAAAAGCUGCAAUCAUAUUUUGAGUUAACAGAUGGAAAAUUUGUCGGGAUUUUAAUUACUGUACAAAAUUUCAGACAAUUUGGUUUAGUUUAAGCCCCUUAACUAUUCACGCAAAGUUACAAUUUUCCCGAAAAAUCAGCUAUUUGCAUGGUUAAUUAAUGCAUUUGCCUAAUUUGCAUAUGUCAGCAAUAUGCAAAUUAGGUAAAGGCAUUAAUUAAGCAUGCGAAAGGCUGACUUUUUAGAACAAAAUGAAUAGUUAAAGGGCUUAAACUAAACCAAAUUGUAUGAAAUUUUGUACAGUAAUUAAAAACCCGACAAAUUUUCAAUCUAUCAACUCCAAAUAUUAUUAGAGCUUUUAAAUUUUGUGCGCGAGCCAUUUUUAGUUUGUUGGAAAAGACACACCCCCCUGGUUCACAAAAUUUGAGUUCGAGAAAUUUUUUUCAUUAUUUUACAUUAUAAGUACCCAAAGAAGCUAUAUAUAUAAAAAAACAGAUACAAAUAGGUGUUUUGCGAAAUUGAGAGCAAUUUCAAAUCUGUUCAGUUUUUUUUGAUACACCCUGUAUAUAUGUAUACAAGAACUUGUGGUUAGAGCUUGACAACUGGCCUCUAUAGCUCAGUUGGUUAGAGCACUGCACCGGAAUCACAGAGCCGCAGGUUCGAUUCGUGCCAGAGGGCUCUACCCGUCGAAGACUGCAGACUGGCAGUCGAAAGCUUGUAAUAAAUAAAUCUUUUUAACCAGAGAACGUUUACACAAUUAAAGAGGGCCUGUAAUUGCAUUUUGCGCAGGUGUUACUGAUUAGGUCUACAAUAUAUCUACAAAAAGCUUUCACAUUAUCAAUAUCCGCAGUACAACAAGGGAUUAGGUGUGCAGACGCUGUAGUCCCUAUAUUUGCGGUUUAUUGCAUAAUAUACCACCGGUAUUUUAAUAUUUUGGUGGUAAUUUGCGACUACAAUAUCUCAUCUUACUCAGAAAUAGCGUGACUCUCUGUGUGAUAAAACUUCACCCUGCGGCGUCGACAUUUCAAGAGUUAGUCAUCCCGCCACCGACGGGCAAAAAUUCGUUUAACGAAUUUUUGGUGGAUUGAAAAGGAUUUCAAGCUAAAACCAUAUAGUUGCAUCAUGUAAGACCAAGUGACCAACCGACUAUUCAAACUAUUUACUUAGCGCGCAAUUGCCAAAAACUCAUGACAGACUAUUUUAAUUUCUAGGCGUUUAAAAUCUCCCCCAAAAAAUCACAUUUACGAAACGUACGGACGGUGGGACCGCUCCUUAGAAGUUAGCUACGCAUUUAAAAAGUCAUUGUCCAGAACGUCCUUUUGCCAAAAAGGCUUGAGAACUUGAGAACGAAGGGCUUUCGCUUGAAACAUCAAAGCUUUACUGGUAUUUUUCAGCCAGUUGCAUGAAUCCUGCUGGACCCGUGGCUUUCCACAGUUUGAGACAGCAAGAAUUUGUUGGGGGUCAAUGGACCAUUUGCAUUAUAGACUAAAUUUUGAUCUCAACAAGCCUAGAUAAAAAUUUCAUCACAGCUUGAAAGAGCAUCACAAAAUUAGUAAUAUUCCAACGUUUCGUUGCGAAAUGUUGUAAAAUGCGGAUAAUAUAGCCUUACGAAGUUUGCCGUUUUUCAGUCAUUUUGCAUUACGCGGGGGAAAUUGACAGUCCAAUACCCUUUGGGGCUGUCAAUUUCCCGUUUGUAAUAGAAAAUGACUGAAAAAGCAAGAAUUUGUUGGGGGUCAAUUGAUUCCCGCCCGGUGCCCCAUAUUAAAGGUGGCUUCUUGGGCGAUACUUCCUGUCUGUAAUCCGAAUUUUAUCAGGAAGUUAUUUUUCACAUAAUGACUAACAGAUUUGGCCAUUUGUAUAAUAGAAUUUUAUACUUGCGACUCCUAUAGCGAUGAAUCAGAUUCCUAGCCUGCGUAGUAGGCGCAAUUUAGGGGGGAGGGCGAGGGUGCGAAAAGCUAGGGGGAUGCCUGCUACGCAGGCUACCAGAUUCCUGGAGAUACGAAUUUAAAUCUUUCUCAAACCACAUGCUUCAAAUUUUCUCCCUUGCUUACUUUAGUCUGAUUUGGCGAUAAAGCCUAACACAUUUCAAGAUAUAUUUUAUAAUAUUUACAAUGAGACUUAACCCCUGCUAAAAAUAAACUAUUAUAGUGACAUGUAAAAACAAAAUGUAUGACUUGAUAUGUUAUUCUAUAAACUUCUAAUUUAUGCGAUGCGCGCAUCAUUAUAUUAUUCAGCUCAAUCCCCUAAGUUGGGGCUUUUCAGUGACGAUUACAUCAAGUUUUACGCUUACUUAUGUUACUUACUUGGCCUAGAGAUAAACACAGUUAAAGUGCCUAUGACACGAAAUUUUACCCCAAAUGUUUAUGAUUGCAUUGUAAAGAUCACUUAAAAUGACUUAAUAAUUUCUUUUAUAGAAUUUUGGUAACUUGCUUCCUUUGCCAGAUAUUCAACUUUGUUUCAUAUGCAAAUAUCACCGGUGUGACAUCACAUCGCAUAAUGACAUUUUGAAAACGCAAUAUUUUACCUUGAUAAGAUAAAAUAUUUUUGCAAACUAAUACAGAGGUUUAAUCAUCAGUUAUUAAAUUAAUAUAUAUAUACAAGGGCAAUUUUGAAGUUUUUUAGAUACGUAUUCGUCAAGAAAACUAUACUUUUCUGAAAACUCAUUAUGUGAUGUGAUGUCACACGUGUCAUAGGCACUUUAAGAAAUUGUAAAGAUAAAUAGUCUAGGGCCCUAGACUAUUUAUCUUUACAACAAUUGUGAUAUUACUUUCUUGACUGUGUUUAUCCUAAUCCACCCUGUCAACUUUCCCGUGGGAGGAAACCAAAGCACCCGGAGAAAACCCACGACUUUCGGCAGAGCGUUGACUGACUCUUUUCACAUGAGUCUGUAACGACAUGUGCUUUAUAGACUUUAUAUGCGAAAGAAAUACCUGCGUGUAACGCGCAAUGUAAUUCUGCAUAAAGUGCGCAUUUAUAACGAAAAACAUUUGGACGGGCAAUUUUAUAAAAGUCGGGCAAAUCUUUGUCCGUCUCUAAACUUUUCCUCCUCUUUCGCCUAUGAUUGUGACGCAUGAUAUGGAAAACAAUAGUUGAUUUUCAAAACAAUAAAAAGACAAUGAAAUAUCCUAUUACUGAGAUCACAUCAUCUGUUAUGCUAAAGUAAUAAAAUGGCUCAUCCCAUAUUAAAAUCAUUGUCACUCAUAGUCAUUCUAAUCUACACAAAUAAGGAGCGCAGAAAAUGCACAUUGCCUAUAAAACACGUAGUCAUACAAAUGUGAGAUGACUUGGCAGUUUUUGGAAAUUAUUGGGAUAAUAUUUUCCCGGAAAUAUUAAAAAAUGCUUCCUAGAUAGCCUUGCCUUUUCCUAUAUUCCAUAAACAUGGCAUACAAUUUCAAUUUUGCAAACCAAGAGAUUCAAUACUAUAAACCAGGGACGCUGGAACUGGGGGGCAGGAGGGGAAGCCGCCCUCGUUGCCCUUUACCAGGAGGGGCAAGGGGGGCAAAGGUGCCCUUUCAAUUUAAAUGAUUGCCUUAGCGAAAUAGCGAAUUGUCAGAAAUAUUAGUGCAAUUCUUUUACGAAUUUGCUUCAGAAAACGCAAGAAAUGCAGUCAUCGAGCUUCAAGAAUAGCACAAUCGCCUGGCGGAGAACCCCCUCACUCCCCCUAUCAUCCAAUAAAUAGAAAACAUGAUUAGGCGAAGUUCAACUCCCGAUCCGAUGUCUUGCAAACAUCUCUUAGUAUAUAUCAAUUCAAAAGUGCCCUUUCACGAAAAUCUGCCCCCCUUGCCUUCACAUCGUUCCGGCGUCCCUGCUAUAAACAGUCGUUUUGUUUCGAUAACCCUAAUCUCGACAUUUUUACUCUCUUUAAUUAAACAAACAAACGCAUUAGCUCAAGACUCAAGUUUCGCUUGAAUGGCCUACUUGAUAAAAUCUUGAACUGUUUGUGCCAGUGAAGUGGCAAUAAUAUGAACAAGCUUUCGUUAGUAGGAAGCAAUGAAACUCUAUAUUUUUCAGGUACUUGCAUCACUACCAACGAAAAGCUUGUUCAUAUCUAUUUGAUAAAAUACUUUUACAAUUGCUUGAUAAAAUAUUUAUAAUGCUGUUGCCAAGGUUAAUUUGUCCGAGAAUUUGUCAAAUUCGCGCAAUUAACAUUAAUUAGCUACUUGCGCGUCUAAGCUGUAAUAGUUCAGAUAAUAUCAUGCAGAUAAUAUGACACAGCAGGGUUGUCGUAUGCAAGCAUCUUGUGAGGUCUGCUUGCGAGCAAGAUAACAUCACCAACUUAUCAGUAUUUUGUAUUUAUUGAGUGACAACGAUUUAAUUGUGAACGCUCGUUUUAAUGGAAAUUCCAUCUGAUCAUUAUCAUCGAUAUGAAUUGCACGCCAAUAUUUACAUAGAGCAGGACAGCUUAAAUUGGGUAAAUAUUAGCAUUUGGGCGUCUUCACUCGAUGAGAACUAAUUGUUGAAGGUUUUUUGCAGAUGAAAAUUCCAAGUGUGAAUUUUAUACUUAGAAGUGAAUAGGAGUAUACAAAUCCGCCGAUCCGUCCAAAUUUGAAGCAAAAUCCGCGGUCCGACAAUGGUCUUCUCUAAAUUUUAAUCCGCUAAAAGCUCUACUGUGAAAUCACAAUCCAGGAUCCGAACUAAAUUGCAAGCAAACUCCACAAUCCGAGCCAAAAUAUUAGAUAAAUCCGCAAUCCGCUGUAUUAAUAAGAUCCGCAAAUCCGUGUAAAAUACUUGCCAGAUCCGAAAUGCGAACAAUUUUUCUGUGAAAUCCGACGAUCCAAAAACCUAUUCUUACACCUAACCAGGAACAGUUGUAAAAAUUCCUCUGGCAAGAAUCAAAGCUGCCAGAGAGGCUAUCAUGAGUUGCAUGCUUCUUUAGAUCUAAAACUGUAUCAAAUUUUACACAAAAACUCUUCAAUAGAUUGUGGAAUGUCGCCUACACAGACCCCCACGUUUGAGGUAUCACUUAGAAAAAUGAAGUGGGAGGGGGGGGGGGGUAUUUUCAGCCCCCACCAGUCAUUGUUAAACACUGAGUCAGUUUCCUCAAAUAUUUCUUACAAAUCUUUCAAAACUUAGAAUUUACCCAUGCAAAAUUCCUACUGUGAUCACAGAAACUUUGAUUAAAACCAGGUUUAAUCGUCCGCCCCAUAAAAUAUAUUUUCUGUUUCUCGAAGGUUAUGGACGGUCGAAAGAGGGCAAAUGUCCACCUCUGACGGGGAACGAGAAUUGUGCUUUUAAACUACUGAACAGUGAAUACGAUCAGUGCACGGGCCAAGAUAUUGAAUGUCAUGGAGACGACAAGUGUUGUGAGGAUGGCUGCGGGGGGUAUGAAUGUAGGCUUGCUGUUGAUUUACCACCACUUCCGGUUAUAGGUAAGAGUCAAGGGGAUACCCUAGCCUGUGAGCAGCCUCUCUAUAAGGAGGGUUAGUUCAGGCAUGGCCUAUCGAAGGGAAGAUGGCUGUGAAACUUAUUAGAAUAACAAUAUAACUCAUUAUCUAUGUUGGUCAACGUUUAUUCAUAAAUCUGGUCCUUCACCGUCACAUGUGUAUUGUAUUUUUGCGCAACUAACCAAUAGCAAUGUUUUAGGAAAGUCACCUAUCCGUGACUCGAACAAUAGGGAAACUGGAAAUUGCUAUUGGUGGAUUUGGUAGAAAUACAAUACACACGUAACGGUGAAACGACCAGAUUUAUGAAUAAACGUUGACUAACACAGAUAAUGAGUUAUAUUGUUAUUCUAAUGAGUUUCACAGCCAUCUCCCCUUCGAUAGGCUAUGGUUCAGGGUUUGCCUGAUUUUGUGAACGUUAUAUAGAAAUAAUAAAUAUAGAAUGUGUGCUAUAUAUUUUUACUGGAUAACAAACUAUUAGCGCAAGCUGCUUCAGGAAUCAGUAUUUCGAAAAUUUUCUUGUCUGGAUCAGUAGCAGUUUACAUCUCUGAUGUUUUGAAAUAAGCAGACGUGCAGAAAUAUAUAAACUAAAACAGCAGGUUCAAUUUUAACCCAGGAUUAGCGCUAAUCCAGCUUUGAACACGUAGCCCCAGAUCUCCGUAGCUCACACGGUUGCUAAAUCUUCUUCUUGUUUUCCAGAACCACACUGCGGAGCCGGCGAUCAAUGUGAGGCAGCGAACAUCACUUACUGUCAGGAAAAUGAUUGCACUAAGUAUGUCUUCAAAUUUAAAGUCCCAAUUAAACGAGGGUGGGAGUUGAGAAGCGAGAGUUUGCAUGAGAGUUGAUGAGAGUUGGGAAGCGAAAGUUUGCACGAGAGUUGAGAAGCGAGAGUUGAGAAGCGAGAGUUUGCAUGAGAGUUGAGAAGCGAGAGUUUGCACGAGAGUUGAGAAGCGAGAGUUGAGAAGCGAGAGUUUGCAUGAGAGUUGAGAAGCGAGAGUUUGCACGAGAGUUGAGAAGCGAGAGUUGAGAAGCGAGAGUUUGCAUGAGAGUUGAGAGAGUUUGCAUGAGAGUUUGCAUGAGAGUUUGCAUGAGAGUUUGCAUGAGAGUUUGCAUGAGAGUUGAGAAGCGAGAAUUUGCAUGAGAGUUUGUACGAGAGUUGAUGAGAGUUGAGAAGCGAGAGUUUGCAUGAGAGUUUACAUGAGAGUUUGCACGAGAGUUGAUGAGAGUUGAGAAGCGAGAGUUUGCUUGAGAGUUUGCAUGAGAGUUGAUGAGAGUUGAGAAGCGAGAGUUUGCAUGAGAGUUUGCACAAGAGUUGAUGAGAGUUGAGAAGCGAGAGUUUGCAUGAGAGUUUGCAUGAGAGUUGAUGAGAGUUGAGAAGCGAGAGUUUGCAUGAGAGUUGAUGAAAGUUGACUGGAUAUUACGCGCAGUUCAAGUAUAAUAUUUUGUCUUUUUCCCAUUAGAUGCUGUCGACAUAACAGUGUGUGUAGUCCCAGUGGCGAGCACAUCACAAAAGACGAAUGCGAGAAAAGUAUGUAUACUUCAGGCCAUAGAAAUAUUACCCCUAAUAUUUCUAUGUUUCAGUCACGUCCCAAGGAUUAUCUCCGCCUUCAAUUUCAUUCGGGCUUGUAUGUGUGUGUGUCUGUGUUUAUCUGUACCAGCAGGAUAACUUUGAAAAUAUCAUACGCAUUAAUACGAAAAUUGGUGGAGCUAAAGGACAUUGCCCAAGGACAAAGUGAUUAAAUUUUGGUUAACUUUGCAUGAAAAUUGGAUGAGAUAUUAACAAAAAGUUUGUCUAUGCUUUGCCAGGCAGAAUAAACUGAAUACGUAAUUAGACCAUUGUGACGCGCAAGGCGGGAAAAAUUUUAAAAAACUUUAAAUACAUUUUAAACCCGGAAAAGUUGCUGACACAACAGAAAGUUUUCCCGCUAAGCGGGAAAGUUGUGGCUAUGAACACAAGUUCAUGUGGGGAAAACAUUAUCCUGGUCACCGAGACACGGGAAAACGUUUCGUCUCAUAUGAACACAGUGUAACUUUUCAUAUUAUUUUCAUACCAAGGCGAGAUCUCGCUUGUAAACUUGUCGAAAUGUUCCCGAACUUGUCGAAAUGCUUUCCCCCAUAUGAACAGGCCUUCAGUUAGCCACCAGUUAUCAGUGCUUAACCUAUAACUCUCACUACGUUUUGGUCCAAACAUACAAGUGAAUUAUAUUGACUUACUUUUUGAACAGAUCUUUGCAAAGACAUCUUGUGUCCAGGUCAAGGCGAGAUUUGCAAGUUGGAUAAAUAUCAUCGUGCGAUCUGCGACUGUCCCCGCGAGUGCCCGCCUGACGUUCCCGACAUGCUCGUGUGCGGAUCUGAUGGCGAGACAUAUCAAAAUGAAUGCGAGAUGAACAUGAGCGCAUGCGUCACGGGAGAUAGGAUUAGCGCCUUACACAAAGGAGUUUGUCUGCCUCCCACACAGAAGAGUAAGUGUACUGAGCUCAGGUUAUGACUAGAUUAGUAUGAUGGCAUUAACUGUUCUCACUAGAUGUCUAAUAAGAGUUAUUUCUUAUUCAUCCAGUGUUACUACAGGAGGAAACCUAAACUAAACUAACUUUAUUUAUACUGGAUAGCUCUAUCAGUUCUAAACUGUUCUUCCUAGAGGUCCAGUAAGGAUCAUCUCUUAUUGAUCCAGUGUUACCACAGGAGGAAAUCUAAACUAAAUUAAACUAACUGUAUUUAUGCUGGCUAGCUCUAUCAGUUCUAAACUGUUCUCCUUAGAGGUCCAGUAAGGAUCAUCUCUUAUUGAUCCAGUGUUACUGCAGGAGGAAAUCUAAACUAACUUUAUUUAUACUGGAUAGUUCUAUCAGUUUUAAACUGUUCUUCCUAGAGGUCCAGUAAGGAUCAUCUCUUAUUGAUCCAGUGUUACCACAGGAGAAAAUCUAAACUAAAUUAAACUAACUGUAUUUAUGCUGGCUAGCUCUAUCAGUUCUAAACUGUUCUCCUUAGAGGUCCAGUAAGGAUCAUCUCUUAUUGAUCCAGUGUUACUGCAGGAGGAAAUCUAAACUAACUUUAUUUAUACUGGAUAGUUCUAUAAGAUCAGUUCAUAAUUGUUCCCAGUGUUAUAUUAAACGAACAAUUUGAAUAGCUGGAGAAAUUUUCUGUCGAACUCGAACUGUUCUCACAUGUGAGGCCCCCUAGCAAAUCUAGCAACCAACAGAACAGCAGCCAAUGACAUUUUCUCUAGGUCCUCUGGAGAUAUGCUCGUUGGCGAAAGAUAUAGGUUAUGGCUGGACAUUGGAGUUGAAUUAUUAUUUCAACAAAGAGAAAGGGAUUUGUGAGGGGUUUCUGUACCAUGGCAAAGGAGGAAAUGAGAAUAACUUCGACAUAUACAAAGAUUGUGAUGAUAUGUGCGCAGACACAAGUAAGGAUGAAAGUUGGUUUAAUUUCAAAGCAGAAAUAGCGUUUAUUCUUUUACCUUUUACCAGUUGACAGCGAAAAUGUGAACAGGAUGGCAAAGGACAUAAAUGUGCGUUAGAAAAUGAAGUCUCUCUAAAGGCCGAUCUACACCAACAGCAUGCAACCUGAACACAACUUGAGUUGUACUGUGUAAAUGAAAAUUUGCCUACUUUGUCACAAUGUCGUAGGUGAGUUGUCUGCUUGAGUUACACGGUACAACUCAAGUUGUAAGCAGGUUGCAUGCGACAGUUUUAGGCAAAAGUUGUGUAGCGUAAAGCGGCCUUAAUAUAGUGGAAUAAUAUACAAUGGAAUCGUAGCCUUAAAAUUUCUCCAAAUUUCUUUUCAGUAACCGACGUUUGUGUACUCCCUAAACUUGUCGGGCCGUGUCGGGCCGCCUUUCCAAGAUGGCACUUUAACAGCCGUGUUCAACGUUGUGAGCGUUUCACCUACGGAGGCUGUGCGGGCAAUGCCAACAAUUUUAAAAGCGAGGAAGACUGCAACAACCAGUGCGUCUGUAGGCUUCCCAAGGCGCAAGGAGUUUGCAAGGGUUAUUUUCCAUCGUGGUUUUUUAAUAUCGAGACGGGAAAGUGCGAGAAAUUUGUUUACGGAGGAUGUGGCGGGAAUAUGAAUCGAUUUUACAACAAAGAGAGAUGUGAAAAAGCCUGUGGCGUGGGCGAAGGUAAGUUGACUGAUCUAUAUAUGUUUCAGUGGAGCAAUCUUUCUUCCAACUGAUCUGUAUUUAGACUGAAUUGACAAACCUAUUGACGACCGUGUCCGCACAUGACGUCAUUUCGUGUCCGCAGGUGACGUCACUCGAUGGCAUCAUCACAUUGACGUCAUCAUCACCUUGAUGACGUUAUUACCUAGAUGAUGUCAUUACCUUCUCUGCAGAUGACGUCGUUCUUCCUAACCAGCCAUGUUCAGAUCAUCUCUGAUAAUGAAGGACUUUGAGUGUCGAAGCGUUGCGUCGUAAAAUGUAAUUCGACCGAGGAUUGCAUUUAAUAUAGCGGAACAUGCCUGAUAUUAGACUUGGAAGUAAUGAAGAAAUUAUAAUCAGGCAAAUGCAUAUUGCACGAAGCGAGCCCUGUCACAGAAGUGGAAAAUAUAUCUAUUAACCAUUGUGCUAGCACAACGUAAUUAACACAACACGACACAACACAACACACAGCGUAAUACAUUUCAAUUUAACACAAUAGCAACCAAAAAUACUUUUGUAAUAACUACAAAGAGACCAAUCCAUUCUCUUUCGAUCAGAAAUCCCAAUUGUUCUGAAGCCACAGUGUCACGGUAAGAACAAGUUCAACUGUCGUUCAAUCAAGAAAUGUCUCCCUGCCAGUUUGAAAUGUAACGGAGUCGAUGAUUGUGGGGACAAUAGCGACGAAGAGGGAUGUGGUAAGAAGAUUAUGAUCAUUCAUAUUACACCAUGUAUUUCCCAUACCAUAUUGUACAUGACCAUACCAUUACCAUACACUAUACCAUAUCACACCAUACAUGACCAAACAACACGUUACCAUAUCAUAUUGUACCAUACAUAUAUGCCAUACACGACCAUAGUACACCGUACGAAGAGGUUUGUAGUAAGAUCAUUUUAAUCGCUUCACAAAUAAUCUAUUUAAGAUUUAGCGAAAUAUAUGUCUGAAAUAUUUUCUUUUCAAAAGACCCAUGUGCAAACAAGAAAUGUGAUUUCUACGCGACAUGUGUAACCACGGAGAACAACACGGCGCUGUGUGACUGCCCCACGUUAUGUACAGCUGACUGGGCUCCUGUCUGUGGCUCAGAUAAUGAAACCUACCCUAACUUGUGUAACAUGAAAGUUGAAUCUUGUCUAAAACAGAAGAUGAUUACGAAAGUCAGAGAUGGAGAAUGCAGUAAGGGAAACUAAACAAACUUUAUUUAUACUUGAUAGCUCUAAACUGUUCUUCCUAGAGUUCCAGUAAGGAUCAUCUCUUAUUGAUCCAGUGUUACUACAGGAGGAAACCUAAACUAAACUAACUUUAUUUAUGCUAGUUACCUCUAUCAGUUCUAAACUGUUCUCCCUAGAGGUCCAGUAAGGAUCAUCUCUUAUUGAUCCAGUGUUACUACAGGAGGAAACCUAAACUAAACUAACUUUAUUUAUACUGGAUAGCUCUAUAAGUUCUAAACUGUUCUCCCUAGAGGUCCAGUAUAAUUUUGGAGAUUUUUUGCAAGUUUACACUACUAACUGCUUCUUCUCACAGAUGCUAGAGCCAAAACUAAAUGCGAACUGGAACGGACCAAACAACAACAACGUUUGUUAUUCGGUUCCUAUAUCCCCCAGUGUGAUGAGGACGGAAGCUACAGUAGCGCACAGUGUCAUGAGAGUUAUUGUUGGUGUGUUGAUGGUGAAGGAAAUAAACUUCUGGAAACUGAGAUGAGAUUUGAUAAACCGAACUGUACUAAAAGUAAGAUGUGCAUCAAUAUAUGACGUUUCGUAAUAAUUUAUGAAGAAAUUCAAAAUAAAUCAAUGUUUGAUGUACCCUGGUUACCAGAGGUUCUUAUAUCUUCCGCCCUAUUCUCGCUCGUAAUAAUAUUGAGCGAGAAUAGCGCGAAAGAUACGAGAACCUCUGGCAACCAAGGUAUGUUUAACGAGGUGUUCCUCAUAUACGAAAUUCUCUUGAUUUUCAUAAACUUUUUCCCUUGAUUUUCUCUGUUAAGAUCACUUCUCUUUUAAGUAUUUCUUAAAACACAGCUGUUGAAAUCCUUACGUGUCAUGCUGUAUAGAAUAUUUGAGUCCGUGUUGUAUCAGACACACACAGGGACGCCGGAACGAUGUGAAAGCAAGGGGGGCAGAUUUUCGUGAAUAUAUUACAUGCAUACCCCCUCAGAGCAUACCGUACCAUACCAUACCAUGCUAUACCAUACCAUACCAUACCACAAAACCACACAAAACCAUAGCCACAAAACCACACCAUAGCACGCCAUAUUAUACCAGUAUGCCACACAAUACCGAACCAUACCAUACCAUACCAUACCAUACCAUACCAUACCAUACCAUACCAUACCAUACCAUACCAUACCAUACCGAACCAUACCACACCUAACCAUACCAUAUCGUUUCAUACCAUAAAUAUGAUUUCCUUUUUUUUCAGUAGAAGGAAGAGAAAAGUCAAAAUGCGAGAAAGAGCGGGAUGACGCUCGUGAAAAUAAUCCUUUAGUCGGAGCAUUUAUUCCUGAAUGUGAGGAAGAUGGGAGUUACAGUGAAAUUCAAUGUUAUGGUUCUACUGGUUCUUGUUGGUGUGUUGACAGUGAAGGAAAUGAACUGGCGGAAACUAAAGUGAGAUCUGACAGAAUCAAUUGCACUAAAGGUGAGUGGCAUACUGUGCAAUACCACCUCAAACAUUACCACACCAUACUAACAACCAUGUUUUUAACAACAGAUGGACCAGCACCAACAGAACCACCAUUCAAUAUCUGUGAUCUGACACUUUGUGAGUUUGGAAAAUGCGUGCUGGUGGAUGGUAACGCUACAUGUCAAUGUAACAAAGUGUGUCCUCUUAUCUACGCACCAGUGUGUGGAUCAGACAACGAAACAUACCCCAAUCUUUGCGUGAUGGAAAGUCAGGGUUGUGAAAAGGAAGAACAUAUCGAAGUACAACAUGUAGGGAAUUGUGGUGAGCAUAGUGACGUUUUCUUAAUCAUAGAGUACCAUAGAGUACCAUACUGUACCACACCACAGCGUACCAUAUUCUGUACAUCAUGCCUUAUUAAUUGUACCAUUUUACACUGCACCAUACCAAAACAUACUUAUGCCAUUCUGCACCUUGCCGCCCCACACCCUACCACACCACACGUAACCAUAUUUUAACAACAGGAGGACCACCGCCAACAGAACCACCAUUCAAUAUCUGUGACGUCACACUUUGUGAGUUUGGAAGAUGCGUGCUAGUGGAUGGUAAUGCAACAUGUCAAUGUAACAAAGCGUGUCCUUUUAUCUACGCACCAGUGUGUGGAACAGACAACGAAACAUACCCAAAUCUUUGUGUGAUGGAAAGUCAGGGUUGUGUAAAGGAAGAACAUAUCGAAGUACAACAUGUAGGGAAUUGUGGUGAGUAUAGUGAAGCAAGUUUUCUUAAUCAUAGAGUACCAUACUGUACCUUACCCCCACACCACACCCUACCACACUUAACCAUAUUUUAACAACAGGAAGACCACCGCCAACAGAGCCACCAUUCAAUAUCUGUGACGUCACACUUUGUGAGUUUGGAAGAUGCGUGCUAGUGGAUGGUAAUGCUACAUGUCAAUGUAACAAAGCGUGUCCUCGUAUCUACGCACCAGUGUGUGGAACAGACAACGAAACAUACCCCAAUCUUUGUGUGAUGGAAAGCCAGGGUUGUGAAAAGGAAGAACAUAUUGAAAUACAACAUGUAGGAAAUUGUGGUGAGUAAUAAUGGAGCAAGUUUUCUUAAUGAUACAAUACUGUACCAUACCGUACCACAUCAUAGCACACCGUACCACAUCAUACCACACCAUACCACACCAUACCAUACCAUACCACACCAUACCACACCAUACCACACCAUACCACACCAUACCACACCAGCAAGAUUCUACAAAACCAAGUAGCCUGUGUUGUUUUGUUUUGUGUUAAUACUUGACCAAUAUAAGGAUUUCUCCCACUAUACCUUUUGGAAGAACAGUUUAAACUGAUAGAGCUAUCCAGUAUAAAAAAGUUCGUUUAGUUUAGGUUUCCCCCUGUAGUAACACUGGAUCAAUAACAGAUGUUUCUUACUGGACCUCUAGGGAGAACAGUUUAGAACUGAUAGAUCUAUCCAGUAUUUUACCAAGAUUUUACCUUGAAUUACAUUCUUCCUUUCGUUCUCCUUGUAGAGGAAAAAGAUCCAUGUAAAGACGUGGAGUGCGAUUUCUACAGUAGAUGUGUUGCACUGCAAAACGGCAGUACAAUAUGUGAAUGUCCAGAAAUCUGUACUUCUCUUUAUCAGCCAAUCUGUGGAAGCGAUAACGAAACAUACUCCAAUCUCUGUGAGAUGAUGGUAACUUCGUGUACGCAACAGGAAUUGAUAACCAAGGACUAUGAUGGGGAGUGUAGUAUGCCUAUAGGUAUGUUUAAAUGAUGUGAUUUGUCGUCUAUGAUUCAUAUUCUGGAGUUCAGAACUGAUAGAGCUAUCCAGUAUAAAUAAAAUUAGUUUAGUUUAGUUCAGGUUUCCUCCUGUAGUAACACUGGAUCAAUAAGAGAUGAUCCUUACUGGACCUCUAGGAAGAACAGUUUAGAACUGACAAAGCUAUCCAAUAUAAAUAAAGUUAGUUUAGGUUUCCUCCUGUAGUAACACUGGAUCAAUAAGAGAUGAUCCUUACUGAACCUCUAGGAAGAACAGUUUAGAACAUAACAAAUUUUUGUUCCAUAGGAGGUUCGGUCAAUCCGUGCCAAGACUUUGAAUGUGAAUUCUAUGCCACAUGCGUACCUCUCAAAAACGGCAGCAAGAUCUGCGAGUGUCCUCGGAUAUGUACGCGAGAAUAUGAUCCUGUCUGUGGCUCGGAUGGAAUGACGUACAGCAAUGCCUGUGAAAUGAAGGUGACAUCGUGUGAGCAACAAGAAUUGAUAACCAAACAAUAUGAUGGCAAAUGCGGUAAGUAGAGUUCUCUUCAUAAUGAUACACACACGUAAAAUUGCACAAGUUGUGACAAACUUGUAUCAUCAGCAUGUAUUCGCACUGCUUGUUCCCAGCCUGUUGACAACUGCCACAGAGUUGUUGAGCUCUAUAGACGUGUUACAAGUUGUCCAAACAACUUGUUAUCGUCCUGCAAUUCAACAAUUUGCCCACAAGUUGCGAGUGACAACCUUGUAGCAACUCGAUAAAAUAACAGCAUUGUCACAACUUGUUGACAUGUCAGCGACUCAGUGGUGAAAUUAGUUUCAAAAACAGGAAAAAAUAGCUAGCCUCUGAAAGAAAUUUGUCUAUUUUUUAAGGAGGUGCACGAGGCGGAAGACCAAAGUCAAAAUGUGAAAAAGGGCGAGAUGGUCGGAAAUUGCUCGGAGCAUUUACUCCUAAAUGUGAGAAAGACGGGAGUUACAGUGAAGUUCAGUGCCGUUCUACUGGUUAUUGUUGGUGUGUUGAUGGUGAAGGAGAUGAAGUGGUUGGAAGUAAAGUAAAAUUUGGCAGACCUAAUUGUUCUGAAGGUAAGAUGUACCAUACUGUACCAUACGACCAUCAUCACCACAGAUUUAAUAAUUGUAGUGAAGGUCAUGAGAUAUAGACUACACCAUACGGUACACAUACUACAUCAUAUCGUUAUGAUGCAAUGACAUAUAAUAUCUUACCAUGUCAUUAUGUACCAUACUAUUACGUACCAUGCCAUACCACACUGCUAUAAUCAUCACCACCAUCAUCAUUAUUACCAUUAUCACCAAAGCCACCACCAUCAUCAUCAUCACCACCACCAUCAUCACCACCACCACCACCACGAUCAUCAUCAUCACCAUCGUCACCACCAUCAUCACCACCAUCACCCUCAUCAUCAUCAUCAUCAUCAUCAUCAUCAUCAUCAUCACCACCACCACCAGUCACCACCGCCAUCACUAACUUUCACUGCAUUAUUACAGAACUGCCACCGACAAACCCACCGUUUGACCCAUGCGACAUUUCUCUCUGCGACUUUGGUAUAUGUGUGAAUGUGAACGGUACAGCAACCUGCGUGUGCAACAACGCGUGUCCAUUUAUUGAGGAACCUGUGUGCGGAAGUGACAAUAAAACGUAUGCGAAUCUUUGCGUGAUGGACGCCGAGGCGUGUGAACGCAAAGAAUAUAUCAAUGUUAAGCACAAAGGGUCUUGUGGUGAGUGGAUAAGAAUUAUUUACACUUGAUAACUCUACCAAUUCUAAAUAUCUGCCCUACAUGUGGAACGCGUUACCUCUUGCUAUCCGCACUUUUGAGCGUACAUCAGUCUUCAAGACUCGCCUGAAGAAGUUAUUAUUUGCACGCCUUCAAUCCACCUAAUUUGAUUCGCAAAAUAUCCGUUAAUGCGGCAUUAUUUGUCCCAUCUACAGAAGCCCCAAUGUGGAUUCAACUUGUAGCUGUUGAUUUUAACAAUUGCAUUAACAAUGAUUUAGAUUUAUGUACAAUUGUUCUUACGUACUUUGUUUAAUUAUACUUUAUUUUUGUUGUUAUCCUUUGUGAAAGACCCCGGGUUCUAUUGCUUCCAGUUGACUCAUUAUGUCUCAGAUAUCGUCAAUGGGUGACUCCAGGUAUAGACUAAAUUUUGAUCAAGGCAAGAAGAACGAAAUCCAACACCACAGCUAGAAAGAGCGUCUUAGAAUGAGUAAAACUGCAAAGAUUUGUUGCGAAAUGUUGUAAAAUGAAGAAAAUAUAGUCCUGUGAAGUUCGUAAAUUUCGUAUAUAUUUGUAUUACGCGCGGUAAAAAUAACCACUUUCGGCUCAAAAAUGGUUAUUUUUCCCGCGCGUAAUGCAAAUAUAUACAAAAUUUGCGAACUUCACAGGGCUAUAUAUUCCUCAUUUUACAACAAUUCGCAACUAAACUUUGCAAUUUUACUCAUUUUAUGAUGCUUUAUGAUGCUCUUUCCAGCUAUGGUAAUUGUUUCGCUCUUCUUGUCUAGAUCAAAAUGUCAUCUUUUUCCUGGUCCAGUAAUCUCUUAGGCAACGUUUUCACAAUAGAUCCAUUGCACAUGACGUCACAGCACCGGUGACGAUGCAUCUGGAGGACAAAUUAGCAAUCUAUGCAUAAUAUAACUUUUUAAACAAAGCAAAUUUUGUAAAAGUUUAUAAUAAUUUUGUAUUAAAAUGGUUAGUUUUUGCGCUGUAUGUGGUUCUUGUACCCGUACAGAUAUUGUUAGGGAGCAUCUGGAGGACGCUGUAAGGAUUUGUGACGUCAGUGCAAUAGGUCUAUACCGGAUAGCUGUACGUAUUGGGGCGAAAAAGCAUCUAUCCGACAAGGAGUUAUAUUGAGAGGCAUAUAUAUGCAAUAGCCAAUGUAAUAAAAACACAUAGUGAUGACUAUAAUAGAAAAUUCAGGGGGGUGAAUGCCUGUCAUAAGCGCACUGGCUAGGACCAUGGCGUCAGCAUUUUGAUGACGAAUUACGGUUACGCCAAAUCAUAGGAAAAACCAAGAAGUCGGGCUUCUGUACAGUCACUGUUCUGUGACAGAGCCCUAACCACUGACACCACUGUUCUAUUUCACAGGAACAAAAUCCGAAUGUCAAAGAAAGUUACACGAAGCAUUGACCAAGCCAAGACCAGGCAGACGCACACCAAGCUGCGAGGAAGAUGGUAGCUACAGUCCUAAACAGUGUCACGGGUCGACUGGUUACUGUUGGUGUGUGAAUCGACGUGGAGAGCGAAUUCCUGGAACACUGUUACGAUACGGUCAAGUUGACCAACUAAAUUGUUCUCAAGGUAAAAUUUCUUGCAAACAUUGUGGAAGUUAAGAACGAAAGUGAAAAUCUUAGAACUGAAAGAGCUAUUCAGUAUAAAUAAAGUUAGUUUAAAUUAAUAUUAAUUUAGAUUUCCUGUUGUAGUAACACUGAACAAUAAGAGAUUAUCUUUACUGGACCUCUAGAAAGAACAGCUUAGAACUGAUAGAGCUAUCCAGUAUAAAGUUAGUUUAAUUUAGAUUUCCUCCUUUACUAACACUGGAUCAAUAAGAGAUGAGAUUUACUGGACCUCUAGGAAGAACAGUUUAGAACUGAUAGAGCUAUCCAGUAUAAAUAAAGUUAGGUUAGUUUAGGUUUCCUCUUGUAGCAGUAACACUGGAUCAAUAAGAGAUGAGAUUUACUGGACCUCUAGGAAGAACAGUUUAGAACUGAUAGAGCUAGCCAGUAUAAAUAAAGUUAGGUUAGUUUAGGUUUCCUCUUGUAGCAGUAACACUGGAUCAAUAAGAGAUGAUCUUUACUGGACCUCUAGGGAGAACAGUUUAGAACUGAUAGAGCUAUUCAGUAUAAAUAAAGUUAGUUUAAUUUAAGUUUCCUCCUGCAUGUAGUAACACUGGAUCAAUAAAGGAUAAUCCUUACUAAACCUCUCUAAGUAAAACAGUUUAUAAUUGAAAGAGCCAUCCAGUGUAAAGUCAACUUAGUUUAACCUAGCUUGGUAGUUUCGCAAAUUGUACAGAAGCACCAAAUUUCAACCAGUACCUGAUAAUGUGUUACAGUUGUGGAAUCUGACCCAUGCGCAGUUGUGAAAUGUGAUUUUUACGCCACGUGUGUACCGCUGGACAAUGGUGACCAUAUCUGCGACUGCCCGCGAUUCUGUACGAGAGAGAACAAGCCAGUGUGCGCUUCAAAUGGCGAGACAUACGCGAACGAAUGCGAGAUGCGGGUCUCGUCUUGUCGGAAACUAGAAAUGUUGUUUGUGGAAAGCUUUGGCGAAUGUGGUAAGAUUUGCUUUUAGGGAGCGGUCAUUGGGGGGGGGGUGGCACCGAAGAGAAAAAGGUUGGGUAAACUAAAUUUUGAGUGAGUAAAAGGCUGGGUAAAUGAAAAACAAAACAACUCAAGGGUUGGGUAAUAAAAAGUUAUUGUCAUUUCCAAAGCAUGACUCACUUAAAUAUUGGAGACUGAAAAGCAAUGUCAACAGUCAUAUGUCAAAACAAUAUGUGAAUCAAUCAGAGUCACUAUUGAUCAUUUUCCGAUUUGUUGGGAGACAAAUGGUCCCAAAGAAAGUACAUGUACAUACAACAUGAAAGUUUAGUUAUCAAACUUGUGUCACAGAAGUGGUAAAGGACAUGUGUGACAACUGAAUGGUAUUUUUUUGUAAAGGUUUUGGCCAGGGGUGGGUAUUUAUUUUUUAAUUGAUAUUUGAGGUUGGGUAAUCAAAUUUUUUGCUUUUUAACGGUUGGGUCAGCAAAAUUUUUACCAGGAAAAACAUUUCUCUUCGGUGCCCCCCCCCCCACCAUAAAUAAUGACCCGUCCCUUAUUUAUAAAAGAAAGCGUUUUGGUGACAGUUGCGGCCGAGUGAAGCAUAUAAUUUGUCUAUGAACUACACACGUAAAAAUUUCACAACUUGUCAACAAGAUGUGUUCGCAACAGGCUUGUACGUAGCAAGCUUGUCAACAUGUUGUAACAAUGCUGUUAUUUUGCUACAAGGUUGUCAUUCACAACUUGUUGACAAAUUGUUGAAUUGCAGGACGAUAACAAGUUGUUGGAACAACUUGUAACAAGUCUGUUGAGCUCAACAGCUCAACAACCCUGUAGCAAGUUGCCAACAAGCCGUUGACAACUUGUCAACAAGCUGGGAACAAGCAGUGCGAACACAUCCUGUUGUUGGAACAGCAUUGCUACAAAUCUGCUGCAGGUUUGUUACAACUUGUGCGUUUUUACGUAUGUAUAAUUCAUGCAGAGAAAAGUCUCUAUUAUCGUCACUAAUUAAGGAUUUGGGAAUGUUAAACGGUUUUACAAUACAGUGAUUACUGCAAGUGUUUUUCUUCAUGUGCGUUAGGGGAUGAUCCUUACUGGACCUCUAGAGAGAACAGUUUAGAACUGAAGAGCUAUCCAGCACAAAGGAAGCUAUAUACUUUAGUGUAAUUCAAAGCAUACGUGGAUACAAGCUUAAAUUUAUUUGCUUAUAUCUUAUUCUAGGCUCACAACCACCGACAGAUCCACCGUUCGACCCAUGCGACAUUUCUCUCUGCGACUUUGGCGUAUGUGUAAAUUUGAAGGGUACAGUAACCUGCGUGUGCAACAAAGCAUGUCCAUUUAUUGAGCAACCUGUGUGUGGCAGUGACAAUAAAACGUAUUCAAAUCUUUGUGUGAUGGACGCCGAGGCUUGUGAACGCAAAGAACGUAUUUCUGUGAUAUUCGACGGUCCUUGCGGUAUGUAGAUGUGUUCAAUUUUCUGUUCUAUACCAUACCAUACUACCAUACCAUACCAUACCAUACCAUGCAACACCAUAUUAUACCUUAAAAUACUCAUUAAUAAUUCAUAAACCUUGUGGCAAAUCAUGUCAGCCAUAAUAUGUCACGUGGAGUGACUUUAUAUCUGAUAAAAAUCAUCUUCAUUAGUAUUCUUUAUAUAAUUGUUCUUCCUAAUUAAUAUGAUUAUAUAAUUGUAAUUAGUAUUCGUUUGUAGUCGUAUUUUAAGCUAUUCAAAACACUCGUUGUCGUGUUUUAUCGGAUAUAAAACGCUCGGCUGCGCCUCGCGUUUUAUAUCUGAUAAAACACUCCUACUCGUGUUUUAAAUAGUAAUUAGAAAAUUCAUUAAUAAUUCACGAGGAAAAUACAAAAGAAAUGAAUGUUUAAUCAAUGUUUGUAAAUCGGAUAAAGAUUCGUCCUGAUUUACAUAAACUUCAGCUUUGAUUUUCUCGGCUUAGACAAUGUUUAUUUUUAAAAUUACUUCGCCAAUGAACUCAUAAGAUGGGUCAUUUUUUAAGUACGAUAAAACAUUCGCAUCCGAUCUGUAUCUGAUAUACAAACUCUCGCCUUCGCCUCGAGUUUGUAUAUCAGAUACAGAUCGGCUGCUCAUGUUUUAUCUUAGUACAUACAAUAUCAUAACAUGAAUCAUAUUUUCUUACAGAGGAAGCUCAACCGAAUACAAUUGAUCAAUGCGCUUCGACUGAAUGUAGUUACAACAGUCAGUGCGAAGUUGUCAACGGUAGUGCAAGAUGUGUCUGUGAGAAAGGCUGUACUAAAGAACUUGAUCCCAAGUGUGGCUCUGACAAUAUCACAUACGGCAACCCGUGCGAGUUGCGCAGAGCGUCUUGUGAAGAGAUGAGGGAAAUCAACAUUGUGAAGGAUGGGGAGUGUGGUAAGUUUCACAACUGGAGUGAUAACAAGAUCACCACUUUAAUCAUCACAAUCACCACCAAUAUCACAUUAUCACCAUCAUCACCACCAUCAUCAUUAUCACCAUCAUCACCACCACCAUCAUCAUCAUUAUCACCAUUAUCACAACCAUCAUCAUCAUCAUCACCACCAUCAUCACAACCACCAUCAUCAUCACCACCAUCAUCAUCAUCACCACCAUCAUCACCAUCACCACCAUCAUCAUCAUCACCACCAUCAUCAUCACCACCACCAUCAUCAUCAUUAUCACCAUUAUCACAACCAUCAUCAUCAUCAUCACCACCAUCAUCACAACCACCAUCAUCAUCACCACCAUCAUCGUCACACCACGUAGCAAUGAAAUGGUGAAACAACAAAAGAUGUCAUAUGGCACUCUUAGGAUGAUCAAACCUUUAAAUUAUAUUUCUUUUAAUAUUUUCUCAGCCAUUCCAACCACCGCCCAACCAGCAGUUGCUACAACCAAAGCUCUUCCCAAGUGUAAGAAUUGUCCAACAUUUGGCAAAAAUAAUAUCGUGAAGAGUUUCUGCAGCUGGUUUAACAAAUUUGGUAAGUCCAACAGUUUUGUAAGGUACAAAUGUUAGUUUAGUUUAGGUUUCCUCCAGUAGUAACACUGGAUCAAUAAGAGACAAUCCUUACUGGACCUCUAGGGAGAACAGUUUAAAACUGAUAGAGCUAUCCAGUAUAAAUGUUAGUUUCGUUUAGGUUUCCUCCUGUAGUAACACUGAAUCAAUAAGAGAUGAUCCUUACUGGACCUCUAGGGAGAACAGUUUAAAACUGAUAGAGCUAUCCAGUAUAAAUAAAGUUAGUUUAGGUUUCCUCCUGUAGUAACACUGGAUCAAUAAGAGAUGAUCCUUACUGGACCUCUAUAGGGAGAACAGUUUAGAACUGAUAGAACUAUCCAGUAUAAAUAAAGUUAGUUUAGUUUAGGUUUCCUCCUGUAGUAACACUGGAUCAAUACGAGAUGAUACUUACUGAAACUCAAGGAAAAACAGUUUAGAACUAAUAGAGCUAUCCGGUAUAAAUAAAGUUGGUUUAGUUUGCAUUUUAUUCUGAAGUAAGUAGUAAGGCAAUGCUACGCAGUGUGAAUAAUUAAAGCAAGUUUUAAAAAGGGUAGAUAUUUAUUUUGUUUUAGUGAUCAUUGGUGAAAUUUUGAACACAAGCAAGAGUGGAAAAGAAAUAAGCGUCAAGGUGGAAACGAAGUUCAAGCCUACGGCAACAAAGACGAAAUUCACACCCCAAAACACCGUCAAGAUCAGAGUGCAAAAAUCCCCCCGCUGUGUGUGCGAUAAUCUGCAAUUCAAAAAGAAUGAAAAAUACGUGCUUAUGGGGAGAAAGACAAAGAGUAAAAAAAUCUUUGUAAUAAAAUGGAAGACUGGUUUUGUGGAGAAAGUCUCGAAGCAGCUCGUCGAUAAGUUGACGAAAACGUCAGAAAGAGCCAAGACGUGGCGCUUGUGUGCCCUGAGGAAGUCUGGUUAAAACAGAAACUGAUAAACUACAGUUUAAACAUACUUAUAAGAGAGGCUUUUUAUUGUUUGUGAUGGCAUAAUUGUAAUACUAUUGCUAAGAUCCCGCUGAUUAUAUAUUGUAUUCGUGAGGUUAGAUUUCUAUACUAGAUUUUAAUAAUAAAUGUUGUACUUUGUUUUA